AUGCGCUACCAUAUUAAACAAGUCGUGGGUUUCGCUGCUGUUGUUCUGGCCACGAAUGUCAUUGCUUCUGUUAUGCCAUUCCCAGUUCGUCAGUCGACUGGCAUUGAGGUUGAAAAACUGGUGAAUGUACAAAACAGGAAGGGGAUGGGUGAACGAAAAGUUGAUGGCGAGGAAAGAGCUAGCCAUGUGUUCGAUUUGUUCGACAAGAAUAUGAUAUAUCCACUCAAACGAUUCAUUGGAUACCAGCCACCAGCAAGUGCGUCGAAGAAUCGAUUGGGAGCCAACGGCGCUAAAGAUGCACAGUGGUUCGAGAAGAUGAUGCCAAGUUACGCACAAAGUCUAAACAGCGCUAAGCGAAUCCAUCAAAGAAUCGGUUGGAUGCCAAGCGGACGCAUUCACUUGAAGAAAAAGUGGCAAUCUACUACAAACUUUCCAGAGAUAAACCUCGAUGAUGCCGGCACAAAACUUCACAAAAGUUUGAUACUUAUGGACACCCCUCGCAGUAUGUUGUCAAGUUUAAAGACGAAAGUUGUAUGGAAUAUGCUUUGGAAACGAGAUAUCUUCGAGAUAGUGAGUUCGUACAUCAAAGCCUGUGAGGAUACUGCUUCGACGAGAAGCGCAGACAAAUGGGGAGUUGAGGCUGCUUAUGAAGUGUUGCGAAACAGUGGCAGGCUACCUCAGUUUGCUAAAUUACUGUUAGAAAUGGAGAAACAAAGCAGUGGACCAGAGAAACGUUCUUCGGAUUCGAUCAGGAUUUUCACAUUGAUACUGCCGUUUAGUGCUUCGACGAUGCCGUUCGUACUGCUUGGUGAUUGUAGAAUGCGCUUGGAUAGCAUGUCUGUCACUGGAGUUGUAGCUGCUGUGUGA